AUGCCCACUGGCCUCAUUCUCCAGCGCCGUCGCUUUGGCAAGGGGGGCGUGUCCCCUGGCUUCCACAACGCGAAAGAAGGCGAUCGGAGCAAUACUUCAGGAAGAGGUCAGAUGUCAGAUUCUUUUUCAGUGCUAGUAAACAAUUACCAUCUCAUCCCAUAUGGUGUCACAGGGAUCCUGGACUCUCCCGGAACGGCCCGGGGGAAAUCCAGCGGGCGGUUCCGUAGAGCUGAACGGCAGGAGCGCCCCCGCGGCUCGUCGUCGCCGGGCUCCCCCUCUAGCGGCCCAGCCGGAGAGCUGAGGGGAGACAAUGGCCACGGCGAUGACUUCACCCUCCAGCAAUGUGAGGAGCAGCCGCAGCCUGAGCCCCUCAGCGGUGGCGGGCAGGGCGCUCCGAGGGGCCCUCCCUCCACCUCAGCCGCCGCCUCGGGAGCUUCUCCCGCCGAGCUCCCCCACCGCACCCCCGCUUCGCCGCCGGCGACCUGCGCUCAGUUCCACCUCAGCCCGUCAGGCAGCUCCGAGGCCUCCCCGGCGCCCCAACCGUCCCUCCCCGGCCCCUUCUCCGCUACCUUCAACUCCGCAGAGCUCCGCCAACCAGCCCGGCUGCUCCCGGCGCCGCGCAGGAUGUCCCUUCUGAGGGGAAAAAGAAAGAAAGCGAGCGAGCGAGUGACCCUCCUGGAAUGAAUGCUGUCCAAAUGUAACCCCCAUGCCCCCAUGGGUUGGCCCAGAAUGGGUUGACCCAGAAAGGGGUGGAGUCUGAAGGGAAGCAGAAUGCUGCAGAACUCAGAGCUCUUUGGAGAAGA